AUGUUUAUUUUCAGUCGAAAGAAAAUAACUGAUCAAAAUAAUGAAAGUAUUCAAGAAUUGGAAGAUAUUGUACAAACACUUGAUAAAGAUGGAAGUGGUCGAAUACGUAUUUUAGAUUUAGAAGCUGCUUUACAACGUAUUGAUGACGAUAAUCGAUCUAAAGCUGAACGAAAGACUCAAGUCAAAAAAUUCAUUCGUUCACUUAAACCAAAAGGUGAUCGAAUUGAUGGACACAAAUUUCUUCAAAUAAUGCUCGAACGACAAAAACAAUUAAAAUUAAGUUUUGAAGAAAUCGAUUUGAAUAAAGAUGGUAUUGUUGAUCCUGUUGAGUUAGCUAAAGCAUUUUCACGUUUAAAAAUUGUAUUGAAAAAAAAAGAUUUAAUGAAAAUUAUUGAAGUACUUGAUAGAGAUAAAGAUUUUCACAUAACAUUUUCUGAAUGGCAAACAUAUUUUCGUUUUGCACCAUCAACUGAAUUAGAAGCAUCACUUCGUUCCUGGCGUCGUGGUGUUCAAUUAGAUACAAUUAAUGAACAACAAAUGCCUAAUUCAUACACCGAAAAAGAACGUGAAAAUGGUUUUUAUGCUCGACAUUUUAUUGCCGGUGCACUUUCUGGAAUGAUUAGUCGAACAGUUACAGCACCAUUAGAUCGAUUAAAAAUUUAUAUGCAAGCUAUGGGAAAGAGAAAGUUAUUAAAUACAGCAACUACUUUAUAUGGAGAAGGUGGAGGUGGUAUUCGAGGUGUUCGAUCAUUUUGGCGAGGUAAUGGUAUUGCUGUAUUUAAAAUGACACCAGAAAUGGCUCUUCGACAAGGUGUUUUUGAAACAUUUCGAGAACUUCGUGGUGAUUAUGAUGAAAUUAUUGUUUCACCAGUAACAAAUAAAGAAUUAUUUGGUCUUGGUUGCCUGUCUGGUUUUAUUGCUCAAACAUGUAUAUAUCCAUUAGAAGUACUCAAAACUCAAGCUGCAAUGCGAACAACUGGUCAAUAUAAAUCUAUAAUAGAUCUUAUUCGAAAACUCCAUCAAAGUGAAGGUUGGAAAGUAUUCUAUCGUGGAUAUUUAGCAAAUUCUCUUGGAGUAUUGCCUGCUGUUGGAAUCGAUUUUGCAUUGUAUGAAUAUCUUCGACGAGUCUAUCGAGAAAAAGUCACAUCUUUAGAAGAACCUAAUAUAUGGAUUUUAACAGUAAUAUCAAAUAUUAGUGCUUUAGCUGCAAUGUAUGCUUCAUAUCCAUUAUAUCUUAUAAGAACAAGACAACAAUAUCAAAUUGUACCAGAAAAUAUGUUUGAAAUGAUGGGCAAAAUAUGGAGAAUUGAUGGAUGGCGUGGUUUCUAUUUUGGUUCAUUACCAAAUCUUAUUAAAGUUUUACCAGCAUCAACAGUUGCAUAUUUAACAUUUGAAUAUUUUUCAGGUCUACUUGAUAUUGAUGGAUAA